AUGCUCGCGCUACUGAGUCUUCUCCUCGCAUGGCCCCUUCUUCUGUGUUGCGGCAAGAGCAAGUCUCCGAAGCCCGGCGGCGCAACUUCCAUUCUUAAGCCGCCUCGAAUCGGUCCCGAAAACCAGAAGGUUCUAUUCUUUCAUACUUUUCAAGGGCUCUUUUUAUCGAAUUUUCUCAAAAUAUUGUCCAGAAAGACGUAAUUCUUUCUAUCUAUCGCGAGUUUUCAAUAGAAUGAGUAUAGAAAGAAAUUCAGAAACGAAGAAAAUCUAUGUGAACACGCAAGUCACUCUCGUUCCGAACCUGCGGCCCCUUUUGCAUUUUUCGAAAAAAAAAAGUUCAGUUAAUCUAAAAUAAAUACUUUGGACCAAAGUCUUUGGUUAACGAAGUUUGCCAUACAGUACACGCUCUUUUGCUUUCUCUUCAGCUUGGAGAAAAUCCGAUAAAUUUAGAGCUCGACUCAAAAAAAAGGACAAAAAUUAUAUUGUUUUAACUUUUACUCACUCAUCAAAUCUAAUGACUUCAUUCACCUUGGUUGAAUUCGGUUCGGACAAAAACAUUGAAAGACUGGUUCACUUCCGGAUUUCAUUUUUGCAUUUUUGACUUAUUUAAAAACAGUCGAAAUGAAUAGAAUUUCCUUUUCUUUUUUUUCAAAACCAAUAACUUUUUCUGAAAAAUUCCAUAAAAGCUUGUCGACUGGUUUAAACGUAUUUCAUUGGUUAAGAGGACGAAUCCUCUUAACACGUGGAGAGCGGACUUAGUUCUUGAUGGUACCUAUAGUCUGUUCAGAUUUUGAAUGUCAAGUCGUCGCUCAAGCUCCGCCCAUAAUGGUGCAAUAGGUUUAUUGUGGAUGGCUCAGAGAGCGAGCCAUCCACAGAGUGUUUUUGAAUGACGUCAUUGCACUUGACAUUAAAAAUCUGAACAGACUAUAUAAGUCAGGGAUAAGAACGAAAAAUGUUUUAAAUUUUUCGAAUUGAGAAGAAAGUUCGAUAUUUAUCCUUUUUCAAAUUUUUUAGAGUACCAGGAUUUUAAUAUUCUUUUUGCUGAGCACAAUAGUUUUCAUACACUAAUUUCAUUUUCGUACAGGAUAAGACAAUCCCAACUGAGGAGCAACCGAAAAAUGUCGCUGAGAAAAAGGUUGACACCAAGGCUGACGACCAGAAAGGCGCGCCUAAGUCCCAAAAGUCGAAAAAAUCUGAAAAGGAAGGUGAUUUUCCAACCUUCAUUCUCAUUGAAACGUGUAUUUUCAGAUUCACGGAAAUCCAAGCAGAGCAAGAUCGCUCCUAAGAGCGAUGAUAAAGAAUCGAAAAACAAGAGCGUAAAGGUUUCUUCUUGAUUUGUUUCAUAGCUUUUUGUUCUUUUUUCAAGCCGGAGGAGAAAAAAGAGGAGAAGAAAGAUAAAGCGAAUGAAGAGAAAAAGGAAGAGGAGAAGAAGGAUUCGCCGGCACCCGAUCCUGCCAAGGGAGAACCCAAGAAAGAGGUUUCAUUUUAGCGAGUCACAAAAAGUAAUAAAUUCCCUAGGACAACAUAAUCUCCAACCCUCUCAUCACACCGGAAACGGACGAAUUUCCAACGGUGGAAGAGAAAAAGGAUGAAAAGAAGGAUGAAAAGAAGGAUGAAAAGAAGGAUGAGAAAAAGGAAAAGCCCGAGAAGACAGAUCAGAAGUGA